UUUUUUUUUCUCUCUCUCUUCUUUCUUUCUUUCCCUUCACCUCUCUGCAACCAACGCUUUCUCUCUCACUUUCGUUGCUGAUAUUCAUGAUGAUGAUUCAUUUGCAGAAAUUAUUAAUCAUCUUCUUGAUCUUGAUUUUCGCAGUCUCUGUGAAUUGCAUAGAUAGAAUCACAGCUCCAACCGCUUCCUCCGACCAUGACUACUCCUACUUUGAGCCCCCCUGUUGCAACUCCAAGGCCCCAACCACUCAGAAAAACGUGAGCUCCGCCCUCGACCGGUCCACAACUCCGGCCGUGGCGGACUGCACAAUUUGGAUUAAGGAACCGGCCGUGUCGGACUGCGGAAUUUGGAGGAAGGAAUGCUCGGAGGAGAUUCUGAGGAUCGCGAAGCGGCCGGAGACGGUGGAGUGGUUGAAAGGCAUAAGGAGGAGAAUCCACGAGAAUCCGGAGCUGGCUUUCGAGGAAUUCAAUACCAGCCGAUUGAUUCGCCGUGAAUUGGAUCAGAUGGACAUCAGCUAUCGUUUUCCGCUGGCGAAGACCGGGAUUCGAGCCACCAUCGGCACCGGAGGUCCGCCGUUUGUUGCCGUCAGGGCCGACAUGGAUGCUCUCCCAAUUCAGGAGGCCGUGGAAUGGGAGCACAAAAGCAAAGUUGCUGGGAAAAUGCAUGCUUGUGGGCACGAUGCACACGUUGCAAUGCUUCUUGGGGCUGCCAGGAUACUCAAGGCCCGUGAACAUCAUUUAAAGGGAACCGUAGUACUAGUGUUUCAACCAGCAGAGGAAGCUGGGAAUGGUGCAAAACGGAUGAUAGGAGAUGGGGCUCUGGAGAAUGUGGAGGCCAUAUUUGCAGUUCAUGUAUCUCAUGAACACCCGACGUCUAUCAUUGGGUCGAGGCCUGGUCCAUUGCUAGCUGGGUGUGGCUUCUUCAGAGCUGUAAUCACUGGAAAAGAGGGUGACGCCGGGAAACCUCACCGAUCAGUGGACCCUGUUUUGGCUGCCUCAGCUGCUGUUAUAAGUUUACAGGGCAUUGUGUCUCGGGAAGCAAAUCCACUGGACUCCCAGGUUGUGUCGGUGACUUCAUUGAAUGGGGGCAAUAGUCUUGACAUGAUAGCCGACACCGUGGUUCUGGGUGGUACCUUCAGGGCCUUCUCCAACACAAGUUUCUAUCAACUUCUUCAAAGAAUAGAGGAGGUAAUUGUAGAACAGGCCAGAGUUUUCAGAUGCUCAGCAACAGUGGACUUCUUUGAGAAAGAGUACACCAUUUAUCCCCCAACAGUGAACGAUGAAGGAAUGUAUGAGCAUGUGAGGAAGGUAGCCAUUGAUCUGUUUGGCCCUACAAAUUUCAGGGUGGUGCCACCGAUGAUGGGUGCUGAGGACUUCUCCUUCUACUCCGAGGUGGUCCCUGCUGCCUUCUUCUACAUAGGCGUAAGAAACGAGACCCUGGGGUCUAUACACACAGGCCACUCCCCUUAUUUCAUGAUUGACGAAGAUGCUCUCCCUAUGGGUGCUGCAGCUCAUGCUGCCAUUGCCGAGAGAUAUCUCAACGAGCACAGACGAUGAUGUACACAAAAUUACUGCCAUCAGCCUGUGUUUUCUCUUAUUUUUGGUGUUUGCUAGGUGGGGGAAACAGGUACAGGGAAAGAUAACCCCUCAGCCUAGUCUAAAAGCUUCAAAAGCUUCAAUUUGGGUCUACGGGGAUAUAUAUUUAGGGUAUUGUAAUGUUGAUGUUCAUCCCAUGAAGAACUGGCAUGUAUAUGUUACUGCAUCUUCAGCAAUUUCCAUUUUCCAGGAAGUUUUAAUUUUGUUUUUGAUUUUUUUAAAUAAUUCCAACUCCACCGACUUAAGAGUUGAGAGAAGGACCAAUCUUGAUAUAUGUGACAUACAUGUCUGGCUGCCGGGGAAACACAAUUGAAUCAAAUGAACUGUAAUUUUUUUCC